GGCCCCUAAAGAUGACGUCGUGCUGGCAGGCCAUGCGGAUGAGUAGUAAAUCGUUCAGGGCCAGACAUUUGUAGAAAAUAAAAGGAAUUGCAUAUACCGCUGGCAUAUUGCAGGUAGCCUUUAUAGCCGCGAUGUCGUGGAGUUGCCGUAGACCAGAGCACAUGGCGCCGCCGGAGGUGUUCUACAACGAGGAAGAGGCGAAGAAGUACACUCAGAACUCUCGAAUGAUCGAGAUCCAGACUCGGAUGUCGGAGAGAGCAGUGGAGCUUCUGAACCUGGCAGAAGAUCAGCCGUGUUACCUGCUGGAUGUGGGCUGUGGCUCAGGACUCAGUGGAGAUUAUCUGUCAGAGGAAGGCCACUACUGGGUUGGUGUGGACAUCAGCAGUGCGAUGCUGAACGUUGCUUUAGACAGGGGGGUAGAAGGAGAUCUCAUGCUGGCUGACAUGGGCCAAGGGUUGCCUUUCCGACCAGGCACGUUUGAUGGCUGCAUCAGCAUCUCGGCUCUUCAGUGGCUGUGCAAUGCUGAUAAGAAGAGCCACAGUCCCCCCAAGAGACUGUACACCUUCUUCAGCAUGCUGUAUUCCUCCCUGGCAAGAGGUGCCCGUGCGGUUUUCCAGCUUUAUCCAGAAAAUUCCGAACAGCUGGAGCUGAUAACAGCCCAGGCCAUGAGGUCGGGUUUCACUGGCGGCAUGGUGGUGGACUACCCUAACAGCAGCAAGGCCAAAAAGUUCUUCCUCUGCCUGUUUGCUGGCGUAUCUGGUGUCUUGCCCAAGGGUUUGGGCUCAGAGACUGUUGACAGAAGUGUGGCCAGCCAAGCUCAAUACACAGGCCAAAGGUGUCGUUUCAAAGUUCUGAAAGGCAAGUCGGUUAAGAAGAGCAAGGACUGGAUCAUGGAGAAGAAGGAGCGGAGGAGGAGGCAGGGCAAGGAGGUAAGGGCAGAUACGAAGUACACAGGUCGCCAGAGGAGACCUCGCUUCUAAAGAGCGUCCGGCAUCAUGAGCUACUGCAGGUCUUGCUCUUUCUACCCUUCCUUCACUGCGCCUGCCGCUGCGGACCUUCACGCUGCGGACCUCAAACAUGGACUUUUCUCCUAUGUGGUCGACUGCUGUGUGAUCAAACAUGACAUUUGCGAUGUGCUUUCCCCUUUUAAGAGGGAACAGGACUUCUUACUCCCAUUUUGAAGCUGUGAUAUCAGAAUGAAACCACAUCAUCUAAUAAAAAUCACUUUUUUUUUUCUUUUCUAGAC